UUAGUAUCACAUGAACGAGAAAGGACCAAUCCAAGUGGCUCUAUCGAAGUGCUUUUGCGAAGAUAGAGGAAGACAGAAAAAGGAACCUUGCCAAUGAACAUUUAAAGACAAAAAAAACCUUCGCCUUUGGAUUUGGGUAUUUUGUAUCAGAGCUACGUGAUUAGUAUGAGUUAAAUCUGUGGAUUAUGUUAGCUGAACUGGGGCUGGCAAUGGCCCAAACAUAUUGAAUAGAUCGUUGGGGGAGCGAAACGCGGACAGGCUAGACGUUGUAGUGGGCAUUGUACGGAUAAAGGAUUACUUGCCUACCCAAUAACUGCUCCGUCGUGAAAUACCCCCACCAAAGAUUCGUUCAUGGCUUUUCUGUCGGUGUCUCCGCCGUGUCUGUUUUCCGCCCGCAACACUAUUUUAACAAUUGCGGUCGCAUCGCUUUAGUUUUGCUCCCAAGCCGUACAAUCUACACACCGCCGGCUUUCCUUUUAUAUAUAUAUAUAUUGUUUAACUACUAAAAGUAAUACAUUGUUACCUCUAGGAUAAUUUUUGCGACCUAAUAAAUAUGGAUUUUAACAGCAGCGGUGGGGGAAACGAGCUACAUAAUAACCAAUUCUAUCAAUCUGAGGAGAGCAAGCCUUUGCUUGGAGAGAUGUCUGCGCCGUUGGAGGGGAAUAAUAAUAAGUUAUGCGCCGGGCCGUGCAAGAGAACCCUGCAACAUUGCAGCAGCGGGAUGCGAUAUAAACUACUACAGGAGGGUGAUAUCCAGGUGUGUGUGGUGAAACACCCUCGAACCUUCUUCAGCAAAAUUCUAACCUCAAAAUUCUUACGGAGAUGGGAACCGCACCACCUCACAUUGACAGACAGCAGCCUGGCGUCUGCGACGCCCACGGGGUACAUGGAGGCUGCCCUGUCCUACAGCACCAUAGAGGACCUGCAGCUGCUCUCCUGGGAUAACGCCCCCAAAUACUGUGUGCAGCUCAGCUUCCCCGGGGGCACCGUCCUCCUGCAGGCAGCCAACAGCUAUCUGCGGGACCAGUGGUUUAAUUCUCUACAGUGGAAGAAAAAGAUCUAUAAGUACCGUAAGGUUCUGAACAACCCGAGUCGCUGGGAGGUGGUUCUGAAGGAGAUCAGAUUGCUGGUGGACAUGGCCCUGACCUCUCCCCUGCAGGAUGAGUCCAUCCACCAGGCCCCGCUGCAAAUCAUCUCCACCCUGCUGGCCGAUAACACCAACCUCAGCACUCAGGACCAUGAGAACAUCAUAGUGGCCAUCGCUCCUCUCCUGGAAAAUAACCACCCUCCACCGGACCUGUGUGAGUUCUUCUGCAAGCACUGUCGGGAGCGUCCACGGUCGAUGGUUGUGAUUGAAGUGUUCACCCCUGUGGUCCAGAGAAUCCUCAAACACAACAUGGACUUUGGKAAGUGCCCCAGACUGCGUCUCUUUACUCAGGAGUACAUCUUGGCUCUAAAUGAGCUCAACGCUGGGAUGGAGGUCGUCAAGAAAUUCAUUCACAGCAUGCAUGGCCCCACCGGGCAGUGCCCUCACCCCCGUGUCCUGCCCAACCUGGUGGCAGUGUGCUUGGCUGCCAUCUACUCCUGCUACGAGGACUUCAUCAACAGCCGGGACAACUCCCCCAGUCUGAAGGAGAUCAGGAACGGCUGCCAGCAACAGAAUGAGCGUAAACCCCCCCUGCCCCUCCGCCUGCUCCGCCCAGAGCCCCUGACACCCGCACCCACAGGUCUGCUGUCCCUCCCCCCUCCCCCCACACUGCCCUUCUCUCCUCCGCCUUCCAUYGUCAACUCCAGUGAGAUCCUGGUGGAGUUGGAACGCAACAACAACACUGCCAACGCCAGGCGGAAGGGCCCAGGGGGAGGCGACAGUGAGCCCAACCUGAUCGACUGUCUGCUGGUCAGCCCCGCCCUCAACCCCCUGUCAAUCCAGCUGCCUGCCCAGGCCGACCGYGUGCUUGGCUGCUUCGCACUCAUCCUCAAAAUGCUGUCUGACUACGAUGACUGGAGACCCGCCCUGGCUAGCCUGCUGCAGCCCAUCCCAUUCCCCAAAGAGGCCCUUGCACAUGCCAAAUUUACAAAAGAGCUGAAAUAUGUUAUUCAGAGGUUUGCAGAGGACCCCAGACAGGAGGUCCACUCCUGUCUGCUCAGUGUGCGCUCGGGAAAGGACGGUUGGUUCCAGCUCUACAGUCCAGGGGGUGUGGCUUGUGAUGAUGAUGGGGAGCUCUUUGCCAGCAUGGUUCACAUUCUUAUGGGUUCCUGCUACAAAACUAAGAAGUUUCUCCUGUCCCUGGCUGAAAACAAGCUGGGGCCCUGCAUGCUCCUGGCUCUGCGUGGGAACCAGACCAUGGUUGAGAUCCUGUGCCUGAUGCUGGAGUACAACAUCAUCGAGAACAAGGACACCCAGCUGCAGAUCAUCUCCACCCUGGAGAGCACUCCGGUGGGCCUGCAAAUGUACGAGCAGCUGUGUGACAGGCAGAGGGAGCUCAAAGAGCUGCAAAGAAAAGGAGGCCCCACCCGACUCACUCUGCCCUCCAAGUCUACGGAUGCAGACCUUGCCAGGCUGCUGAGCUCUGGCUCCUUUGGGAACCUGGAGAACCUGAGUCUUGCCUUCACCAACGUCACCAGUGCAUGUGCUGAACAGCUCAUCAAAUUGCCCUCUCUCAAACAGCUCAACCUUUGGUCCACCCAGUUUGGAGAUGCAGGACUGCGGUUACUGUCCGAACACUUGGCGUGUCUGCAGGUGUUGAAUCUWUGUGAGACACCCGUGACCGACGCCGGCCUGCUUUCCCUCAGUUCCAUGAAGAGCCUGUGCAGUUUGAACAUGAACAGCACAAAGCUCACAGCAGACACAUACGAGGACUUAAAGGCCAAACUCCCCAAUCUGACGGAGGUGGACGUCCGCUACACCGAGGCCUGGUGAACACAUCCUGUGUGACAUCACUAGAACAUCAACUCCCACACCAUCCAAACAUGAGGAUUACCUGAUAUCAACAGAACACAUAGUCUCUCUUACAUCAACAACAAGAGGAUCCUCUCCCAUCUGUAGACGAGGACCCUUUUAUCUGGAGACGACAUCAGAAUGCCUGGACCUCUCUAGUAACAUCAUGUCAAACGAGAAUUACUAUCUUUCUGGAGUGACAUCAUCAAAAUACAAGGACCUCCUUUUUAGCGACAUCAUCAAAAAGCAAGGACCCACUUGCUUGUGACACAAGGGACCUUAUCUUUCUCUCUCAUGUGUGGUUUCUCACUCAAUUCCUGUCCACAUCCUAUUUGCCCUCAAUAGACUCCUCAAAGAUUUCUUCAGUGUUGUGUCAAAUGUACACAGAACACCAAGUAAACAAAUGGAUCUUUCUCCCCUCCCUCUCUCCCACUCUCUGAGGACCUUUAUGUUUAAAUGCACUCUCUUCCCUCCAUUUACUGGGAGCUCUUCUAUCCUUGUCGGAUCAAGGUUAGAUAACCAGGUAACAUUCCAGUACACUUUUGAUAUUGCCUCGAGUUCAAUCCAAAUGUAGCUCUAAAAAUGUGUCCAAUUGUCAUUUUGGUCUUGUUUUUUUUGUUUGGGUUCUUUCAGGUUCAGAUUCUGGCCUUUCCAGUCCUUUAUUGGGAAUGAGGUGCUACCUCAAACAAAAUAAAAAUUGCAAGACUGUGCCUAAUUCCUCGUAUGACACUCAAUCAAUUUUUWUMAACUUGAAUGAACAUAUUUUUCCAGACAUCUCUGCUUUCAUAUAUUGUGUGUGACAUUUAAGCAGACAUUUCAGGAGCUCUGCUCUGUGGUUGCAACACCAUUAAAAGGAAGAAAUGUUUCCUUUUAGUUUGUGUUUUCAAUGUACAUAACUCCCAUAUUUAAUAGAAUAAUUGUGUAGUAGGUGGUCUGGGACUGCCUUGUAUUUAUGAUUUCUCAACUUCAUAUCCCUCUUUCUGCCUCCCAUUAUUUUCUCAUAUGUUAAGACACUUUCUAGGCAUACUGCAGUUGACUUUCGUCACACAAUCAACCAAGAUGUUGCCUAACAUUCUUAUCCAUAAUCCAUGCUGAGGCCUAAACUGAAGCCCUAUGUGCACCUUGCAUCAACCUCUCAAUGUAGACUUUUUGGCAUGAUGGUACACGUUUUUCUCAAGAUAAAUAUGGGAUACAUUUUGAUAUUGGCUGUAGAUAUACAGGCCAUGGUCAUCCUUAGGAGUAUUUUGUCAUGUCAGGAGUGAACAGACUCUGUAGAGGCAACAGCAUGGUGUAUAGAUGACCCUGUUAAAAAGCAGCACAUUACCUGCCCAGAGUCUAGAAUAAGACCUUUUCUGAAUUGUGGUUGGUCGGUCAGUACCAGAGUGGAAAGCCAAACAAGUUCAUUUCUGUUUAAUUCGAUUUUUUUGUUUCCAUACUGUACUUCAAAACACAAAUAUAUUGUAUCAUACAUCAGUACUGUCUGAUACAGUGGCAUAGAAUAACGUGGACUCCAACGUGCUAAUCAUUUGUUCACAGAACCACGUUUCUCUACUCUGACUAGGCAUCCCUCUGUCCCUUUCCCCAUCAAGCAUGGAGAGAKGGCACUGUUUUGGAGUAUGCUCACCCAUUAAGUAGUACAUGUAGCUGGGUUAAAAUGUUACAUUCCUCGAUAUUCAUUUGGAAUCAUGAGAACACUUUCUGUUUGCAUGGGCAUACCACCAGUUUUGAAUAGAUUUCCUAUAUUAUUACCAAGGAAUGUGAUAUUACAGCAUUCAGGUAUGUGGUAACUUGGCCCACACAAACUGCAGAAGAGUUGUCCCUCUGUCUCUUCUGCUUUAGGUGGUUUUGAUCAAUCUGUUCCUUCUCUGUGCCCUUUCAGGGCGUCUCGUACACAAUCAGAGCGUUAUUCUGUAUGCCCGACUCUGGUUCCCUCCGCUUUUGUUUUCUCCAGAAUGCUCAAGAAUUCUUUCCGUUCAGUUUUGGCAGAACUUACAGAACACAGUUGGACACYGUCCAAUAAGAUUUCAAUGCUAUGUUUAUUUUGAGUGACAUGACGGUUCGGUGCACUAAAUGUCGUUGUAUAUGGCCACCAGGCUUAGGAYCUCAUGCUGUCACAUCCUGUAUAAUGUAAAUACAAGUGUAUAUAAUUUUCUGUCCCCCUCUAUGUUCCCCUCCGCUCUGUGUUUCUCUUAGUCUCYCUGUUAGGGAGGCUGUUGCCUUCAUCUUCAGGAUGUGUGUGUGUGUGGUCAUUACUUUUAUUUUCACACAAAGUGCACUGUAAUCUAACUUCCAUUAGGUUUUCAUGGUAAUUGUUAUGGCUGAUUUGUGUUUGUUUCAACUGUUUGUUUGAUUUGAUCACUUUAAUCAAGUGUUUGUCGCCURUUUUGUAUGUACAGUACCAGUCAAAAAUUUGGACACCUACUUUAUUUUUACUAUUUUCUACAUUUUAGAAUAAUAGGG